ACAAGGAAGUAUUAUACGUAUUUUGAGACACUAAAACUGUGCUAUUUUUCAUUAUUUAACAGGAAAAAUGAAAAUGUAGAAACAUCGAUGUCAGAUGAGAACCCAAAGGCAACACCAACCAGAGGUGUAUCACAAAUAUCUGAUGAAUCGGGUUAUUUCAGUAUCCCUCCUUCUCCAGGUAUGCUUCAAGUUUCUGUAAUAUUCAAAGGUGUAUGUAAACCAAAAAUUCAUCAAAACUUUGGCUUCAUCAAAGAACAAAUAAAUCCAGAAAUUGUUAUUGAAGAAGUCCAAUCGGAUUCACAGGAAAUAUUUUCUUCCCAGAAGUUGUCUGAAUUGAGAGCUAUAACAAAGAAUCAUAAAAAGACUGACCAUCUUGUGAAACAUCUACUAAGGAAAGGGGAAGGUCCUUGUAAAUGUUUUCUUAAAUGCUUGCAGAAUGACAAUAUACAAGCUAACUUCAUUCUAGAACAACUAAAAUUUUUGCCAGAUAAAUCUGUUCCCAUAACUACUGCAUACAACAUUGACUUAAAGGAUUUCCAGGAAAAUUUUGAUUGUAUCGUAGAAGAAUUAGAAACAACUGAUGUUAUAGAUCCGCUUCUUGAAUACUACAUCAUUUCUUUAGAUGACCACGACGAUCUAUUUUACACCAAAAAAACAAGAAAAGAGAGAAAUUCUCAGUUGAUACAUACUCUAAUUGGGAAGAAAUCAGACAGCUGGAUUCCAGGAUUUGUAUUUGUAUUAGAUCAUACUAACCACAGCGGACUACUAUCAGUUAUUCAGCAUAAAGGAAAACGGAUACUUCCGAUUUUCACAGAAGGACUUCUAUUCAAUUCCGCAGCAUAUGAAAUGAGUAUCAAAGUUAAUGGUUUAAAUGCUAGUUCCAUAGAGUUGCAGCUUGCUCAAAAUGCCGAAAUUGACAAUAUAUGCCGACGGGUUGCUAACUUAACAAUAAGCAACAUAAGGCGAGGAUCAGUCUUGCUGAUGGUGCACCCAAUAUCUCCAGAUACAUGGAGAAAAUCAUCUGAUUCAGAAAAGAUGAAGCUUUUAGAGGAAUUCGUACAUCAGCUUUUAGAAAGUACGGAAGUGAGGAAGCUUAUACAAAAAGAGAUAAAUGUGACGAUAGAUGUGAAUGAAAUUAAAAACGUAUUUGGCGACCCUCUUUGGAGAGUUAGAAAAUCGACAACAAUGUCACCGGCCAAGCAGCAACUUGAGGACAAUUGGACAUUUUUAACAGAAGAACUUGAAAUAAGAAAAGUGAUGGAAUACUUAGUUGGAGAAACAGUUAUGUCUGACAGGGAAACACAAACAAUAAUGCAAACGUCUGGAAGGAAAGACAGGACACACAGUUUUCUCCGUUAUUUUAAAGAAAACCUAGCUGAUUCGAACAUGAAAGAUUUGAUUGAUGCUCUUGUGAAAACAGGUCAAACCAAAAUUGCUAAGAAACUGAAAACUGAGUCAGUUUGCAUAGAUUGUCUGAGAGAAACGUGUAAUGCAGAACAGAACUAUAAUACAAUUUUGGAUGAAAUGGUCAGUUCAAUGAUGCUACAAACCGUUGCGAAAUUUGACGAUGAGAAGAUUCCUCACCACAUCAAGAAUAUUUUAACACCCCAAUGCGGCAAAUCAAGAAGGGAUCGAGCUCAUCUGUUUAUGCAAUACGUUUUGGUGAAUGACGACGUUCUACGAUCAUUUGAGGAUGUUUUCGAAGCGACUAAUUCUAUUGAUUUGGAUAACCACAAAUGCACUACCCACAAACCAGGCACUUCGAAAAGUGCAUCGUACUUCCAAUCGAAUUUGGUUGAAACUAAUAGAAUUCAUUGUUCGUUUACAGUCCGAAUGGAAGCGAAUGGAUCACUAAGUAUAUCAUCAUCAUUUACUGAAAAAGAAGAUGUAAAAGUGGUUGUAGAGGAAGACGUUGUAAAGGAAGUUGUAGUAGAACAAUCUACAGAGAAGCCGCUUGAACAUGGACUUCCGAGUGAACCUUACAUAAAAGAUCUAAAAGACAAUUCUCCUGUGGUUGCUGCUAUUGACUUUGGUACGACAUAUUCUGGAUUUGCAUUUUCUCAUAAACGACAAAAUGCAAAAAUCAUUACAAAACAGUGGCAGUCUACAAGUGGGACUGGUUUAGAAUCUUUCAAGACACCAACAAGUAUCCUGUUAGACCCAGAAAAUAAAUUUUGUGCCUUUGGAUAUGAAGCAGAAGAAAAAUACGAUAACUUGAGCAGUACUGGUGAUCAUAAAAGAUGGCACUUUUUCAAACAUUUCAAAAUGAAACUGCACUCUUCAGAGACUUUGAAAAGAGAGACAAUUAUUGAAGAUGUACUUGGGAACACGAUGGCUGCUCUCGACAUAUUUACUCAUUCCAUACGCUAUCUGAAACAACAAGCAGAAAAUUUGAUGCGUGAUCAAGGAAUUGAUGUCGGUAAAGAAAACAUAUCAUGGAUCAUUACUAUUCCUGCUAUCUGGACUGAUGCAGCUAAACAGUUUAUGAGGGAGGCUGCAGAGAAGGCUUCGAUUCCUGCUGAUAAACUGACACUUGCAUUAGAACCAGAGGUCGCCAGUAUUUACAUUGGAGCACAAAAUUUGGAAAAGAGCAAAGGAGGCUCCGAAUUAGUGAAAAGUGCUCCUGGUUCAAGAUUUAUGGUUGUUGAUAUAGGAGGUGGUACGGUGGAUAUAACAGUAAUGGAGACGGUUUCUGAACAGCGAUUUAAACAAAUUAGUUUAUCUUCUGGCGGCCCACAUGGCGGUAAAAAAGUCAAUGAAAACAUCAUUGAAUAUCUUACAUCUUUAGUAGGAGAAAACGUCAUGGAUGAAUUUCGCCUGAAAAGUACAUACGAUUAUCACCAAUUAUCUAAGGAUAUAGAACUCUCUAAAAGAAACUGGAAAAAUGGAGGUUUCUUAAAAUUGAAUUUGCCUAUGACAUUAGUUGAAAGUUUUGCAAGUAAAAAUAAAACAAAUCUGUCGGAACACUUAAAAUCUAAGCAUGACAAGGAAGCUAUACUGAGGAGUCAAAAUAAAUUAAGAAUUGCCAGUAAAAAAGUCGAAAGUUUUAUGAUAUCCGUUAUUUCAGAAAUAAUUGUUCAUGUAGAGGCGACUCUGAAGAACGUAGAUAGCAUUUCGUAUAUGGUCAUAGUUGGAGGCUUUGCUGAAAAUACUUUACUUAAAAAAGAGUUCAAUAAGACAUUUUCAGGAAAUACAAUCAUAGUUCCAAAUGAAGCUGGACUUGCUGUACUGAAAGGGGCUGUUCUAUAUGGACAUGAUCCGUCGUGUGUUGUUACGAGAAAGUGUGAUAGAACAUACGGAACGUUAGUGUAUAGAGCAUUUUUCGACGACGAUUCACCAGCAAAAUGGAUGAGACAUGGAGGUUCGUUUCUAUGCAAAGACGCUUUCAAUAAACUUGUCGAAAUUGGGGAAAGCAUAACAUUAAACGAGAAAAGAUCAACAGUGAUGCAACCAUUACGAGCAGACAUGUCAAAGAUGUCUGUAAAACUAUACGGAUCAACCGAACCAAAUCCACGCUAUGUGACAGACAAGUCUUGUACCUAUUUAGGCAAGAUCUUAGUUGACAUACCAGAACGGUAUCGAAGCUGUGAUGAGGAUGUUAUUGUAUCGAUGACGUUUGGUCAAACAGAAAUUGUUGUUGAAGGAAAGUCACAGCAUAGUGAACAUGCAGUCACUACAAAACUUGAUUGUUUUGUUUGACUUUUCGGACAUGAAGUAUAUCACGUUGAAUAAUAACAUUACCCUCCCACCCUUUCUGAUCUCACUCAAACAUUUUAUUCAUAAACUUUUUCUACACCAUAGUUUUGAAAAAAAUGCUUAAAAUGCUUUAACUGUCAUUUAACUACUUCUUAUUUGAAACGUUCAUUUUUCGUUAUACUGUGUGCUCUUUUUUCACUUCUUCUCUGUUCUAAUGUCUUUUUUUAAAUUUAAUAUUCCUGGGUUUUUUUUAUAGGUCUAAGCCAAAUCAAACUUGACCACCAACAAUCCCGUUAUUUCCAUUGAAAGACUACAUCCAAUCUUCAUGAAAAAACCCAACUUCCAUUCUUCCUUUACUAAACUGCCUUCGGUUCCAAAAAAGGUUUAUUAUAGAUAAAUUGCAAUGUUUCAUUGUUAAUAGUGUUUUUACAAUACAUUUCAGAUCAUUUAACACUAAACAUUAAAUCAAAACGUCUAACUGCAAAGCCUUGGUUAAAUAUACGAUAUAUCUGAUUAUAAUAUAGAAGGGACCUAGAAUCUUUCAAAUAUGACCUCUACUGGCAUUAAGAAUGGCAUCCAAUUAGUUAAUAAAAUAAUCGGAAAUUGCAUUUGACAUGUUUCUGAACAAUUAAUUUUAAAUCACUGUGUAAAUACAUAUUCUUUUCCUAUCUAAAAGGGUGGUAUUUAUAUUGUUAGUGGGUAUUUGUGAAAUUGUGCAAUACUUGUAAGAUUUGUGUACCAAAAGAACAAUCUUUAAAGAUAAAAAUCAUGAAUUUAAGUCUUUCUUAAACAUUUCAAUCAUUCUGGUCCGAGACCACAAUUGUCGUCCCUUGAUUUUCGUUGUUCACGAAUAUAGUCCCUAGUGUUAACAGUGGGUUACUUGCCAAUAAUUUCUAUACCCCUUCCAAAUUUAUUUCUCCAUGUUUAAUGCCUCAAAUUGUAAGUAGGGGGUUGAAACUACACUGUAAAAAAAUUUGGGUCCAGAAUUUUACAGGAAAGUAGUGAUUUGGUCCAGCUGAAAAAGGUUAAAAAUUAGCACUUCGGAAGCUGUCAAAAGAUUUCAAGACACUCUAAACACAAAAUUGUCCAUAUUUUGAGUUAGAGGCGAUGAAGUUUUCUAUAUUUUUGAUAUGAUUUGUCCCAAAAGUAGUACAACACACUGUAAAAAUUUCAUUGAGAAAGCGCAGGUGGGAUUUUUUUACAUUUCAUUUAUGUUCUAAAAGAAAUGCACUACGAAUUAAUUGUGUUCUCGGACCUAAGACUGUCUAAUAUAUAUAGAAAUGUUUUGUACAGUUUAUUUUGUGAUGCAAUUAUUUACUAGCUAUAGAAUUGUAUAAUAAUGUAACUUAUACAUUAUUCAUAGAUGGAAUAAUUUCUUAU